AUGCUUCGUCUGCUGUGCUUGGUGACUUGUGCAACGGUUCUAACCACCACCGUCGUCGACACAAUCCAUUCUUCAACACACCGACGAUACUGCGGCAUGCAAAUCAUAGAGGCGUUGACCGCACUGUGCGGUGCUGUCAAGUCGUCAGAUCAGUUGAAGACCGGGUCAAUCAGCAACAGGUGCUGCCACGUAGGAUGUGACGCGAAUUAUCUACGCCGCUAUUGUGCUGAGGUGUUCUGA